CAGUAGUAGCCAUACCCUCCUGACUAAAGAAUCAAAAUAUUGCAAUCCAAGCAAUAACUCUAUAUAAAAAAUGUUGGAUCAUCUUUCAGCAUUGUUUUAUUCUGCGACCCAUUCGUGGAUUUAUCUUCUUCUUCUAGCAUCUACCAUAAUAUUUUUAAACAAUUACUCUCGACAAUUGUUUUUUUUUAAAGCGUAUAAUACCUUACUUGGCACUUAUCAUGUGACUUGUCGGGAACUGAAACAGGAACACUUUGAUUCGAUGAAGAAUCACAAAUCAGCAGAUCCUCGAUUGAGGGAAAAGGGAGGACUGAGGAUCCUCGAAAUCGGACCCGGUCCCGGUUACAAUUACGAAUUUUAUCCGCCCAAAAGUGAAGUGACGGCCGUUGAAGUCAAUCCGUUUUUCGAGGAGCAAUUCUUCAAGAAACAGGCCGACCAUCCGCACAUCAACAUGGACCGUUUCGUCGUCGGCUUUGCCGAGGACAUGAAGGGCGUCCCGGACAACAGCGUUGACAUCGUCGUCUCAACUAUGGUCCUCUGCUCCGUCGGCAGUGUAGAGGGAGCCCUGAAAGAAAUCCACCGGGUAUUGGCUCCGGGCGGUAAAUAUUAUUUUUGGGAGCACAUCAUUGAACAUGAAUACAGAUUAGUCCGAUACAUUCAGAACAUUGCUUCUCAUCCGUUGUGCAUGUACCAAUUUGUCUUCGCUGGCUGUAAACUCAACCGGAAAAGCGACGAGGUUAUCCAAAGGAACGACUUGGGAUUCUCGCACAUCGACCAGAAAAGAUUCCGAACCCCCCAGAAGAGUGGACUGCACGCCAUAUGCAUUUUUCAUAGCUCUCAUGUCAAAGGAAUCGCCACAAAAUAGCAGCAAUCGCCUAAAAAGGGAGUCAAGCAUUUUCCAUUAAAAUUCUUGAUUCUUCACAUUAUUUUCUUUUUGAAAUUAGCCUAGUUGUCGGAUUUAUACUUCACUGUUUCAAUUUAGUUAUUUUUUAAAAUUUUUGUGUGGGUCAUUUCGGGGAUUCAAAUUAGGAAUUGGUAAUCAACGGAGUUAUCUCGGGUUUGCUUUGCAUGUUCAAACGGUGCUUAUAAAAUAUACCAAAAUUAUAUAUGA